AUGACAACCUCCGCCUUGCGCCGGCAGGUGAAGAACAUCGUACACAACUAUUCAGAGGCAGAGAUAAAGGUGCGUGAGGCCACCUCUAAUGACCCGUGGGGGCCCUCCUCCUCUCUCAUGUCAGAGAUCGCUGACCUGACCUUCAAUGUUGUGGCGUUUGCUGAGGUGAUGGGCAUGGUUUGGAAGCGUCUCAAUGACAGUGGGAAGAACUGGAGACACGUCUACAAGGCCCUGACUCUCUUGGACUACCUGUUGAAGACAGGAUCAGAAAGAGUGGCCCAACAAUGCCGUGAGAAUGCAUUCACCAUACAGACGCUGCGAGACUUCCAACACGUGGACCGUGACGGCAGAGACCAGGGGGCUAAUGUGAGAGAGAAGGCCCGCCAGCUGGUGUGUCUCCUCCGAGAUGAGGAGCGACUCCGCCAAGAGAGGAGCCAGGCCCUGAAGACCAAAGAGCGUAUGGCUGGUGGAGGUGGCGGAGGGGGAGGGGGAGGGGGAUUAUACGGAGGUGUGCCGCCAUCCUACCACCCCGGCAGGCGGACCAGCCAGCCGAGCAUGGCCGUGCUCUAUGGGGAGGAGUUCAGCCGCUCCAGAGGCUCUCCGUGCUCCUUUAACUGCUCCAAUCCACGGGUAUAA